AUGGCCUCUUGGGCCCGUAUUCGGCACUUGUCCUUUGCCGUCGCGAGCCUUUUAUCGCUCUUCAGCGUCAUUUGGCUCCAGUUGGCGUACAACGACAAGUACGGCUACAUAUUCACUGAUUUGGGCCGCGGUCGGCCCGGUCAGGGCCCUGGCAAAGCACAUGUCCAUCUCCUCGUUCCAGGAAACCAGGCCAACAGCCGAAUAUGUCGAACGCUAAUGAGUGCCAUCAUAAACGACUAUCCGCCACCAGUGGUGAUUAACUGGGGGCAAAACGAGGGCGACGGCUCCAUGAACGGCUACGACAUGACGACCGGGAAGAACUGGGGGGUUCUCAAGUACUUGCGCGCACUACCAACGGCGGCAGAAAAGGACUUGGUCAUUAUCGUCGACGCUCAUGAUGUCAUCUUCCAGCUGCCGCUCGACAUCACGCUGCAGCGAUACCAGUCUGUGAAUGAACGAGCAUCGGCACGACUCGACUCUCAGCACGGGCUAGAAGACGUGACGAGACACAAUCUCAGGCAGACGGUCAUCAUGGGUGCCGAAAAGUACUGCUGGCCGCUCGACCACCGUCAUCCUGCCUGCUGGGCGGUGCCAGGAUCUACCCUCCGACCCGAUGCGUACGGCAAUGCUACAGACAAGGCGACGGAGACGAAUCGACCCCGCUGGCUCAACUCUGGGACGGUCAUGGGACCAGUGGCCGACUUGCUUGCCUUGUAUGAAUGGGCGCACUUGCUUUGGAAGGCCUAUGACACCUGGGGCGGCGAUCAAGACUACUUUAGCAACAUUUACGGGCGGCAAGAGCUAUCGCGACAGAAACUACGCGGCAGCAGGGAAUGGGUGUUUGGAUUCGGCGAGACGUUCAAGGACGACGAGCUCACGUGGCCACACCUCGAGACGCAGCAUACAGACUACCACCUGGGCGUCGAUCUAGCCAGUACCGUCUUCCAGGAUCUCAAUUCGGCUCUCGACGACCUUUCCUCCGUCACACACAGCAACCUCACAGAGGUGGAGAUGAACGAUCGCCAGCAUGGGACAGCUGACAUAUAUCAGACUCCCUUCCCAUUCCCGGAGGAUCUGCUCCGGGCGCCGCUCCCUACAGAGGUCCGGCGGGACCGAGCAAACAAGACUGUGGCCAACUGGAUGGACAUGCCGCUCUUCUCCAACUUCCACGCGCGGUCCAUUCCCGCGAUCCUACACUUCAACGGCGAUAAGACCAAGAUAGACGACUGGUGGGCUCGACAGUGGUGGACGGGGCAGGGGCGGGAACUACUUCGGGCGCGCAUGAGCGACCCUGGAUUUGCUAUCAAAACAGAUGGUAUCACGAACAAUACCGCACCGUGGGACGAGAUGUGUGGUGCAUUCGAUCGCGAGCUCUUUAUCGACGACCCUUCGUCAUGA